UGGUGGGCGUCUGAGGGACCUAAGAUGGACUAGAGCCACAGGAAAAAUGGUGGAAAAUUCACCGUCGCCACUGCCACAAAGAGCGAUCUAUGGUUUUGUUCUGUUCUUAAGCUCCCAGUUUGGCUUCAUACUUUAUCUCGUGUGGGCUUUUAUUCCUGAAUCUUGGCUAAACUCAUUAGGCCUGACCUAUUGGCCUCAAAACUACUGGGCAGUUGCAUUACCUGUCUACCUCUUGAUUACUAUAGUCAUUGGUUAUGUACUCUUGUUUGGCAUUAACAUGAUGAGUACCUCUCCGCUCAACUCCAUUCAUACAAUCACAGAUAACUAUGCUAACAAUCAGCAGCAGAAGAAAUACCAAGCAGAGGCCAUCCCAGCACUGAGAGAUGUUCCUAUUAGUGAAGUAAACCGAAUGUUCUUUCUUUCAGCCAAAGAACCUUAUACUAAAAACUGAAUCGAGUGUGAACAGAUGAACAUCAAGCAAAUGCAUCAUAAGUUCCUAACAUAGUAAUUUUGACCAUAAUUAU